UCCAACCUCAGAGCAGCCUGAACUGUUCCUAAAGAAACUUCAGCAGUGCUGUGUCAUUUUUGACUUCAUGGACACGCUAUCUGAUCUUAAAAUGAAAGAAUACAAGCGCUCCACUCUUAAUGAACUGGUGGACUACAUUACAAUAAGCAGAGGCUGUUUGACAGAGCAGACUUACCCUGAAGUAGUUAGAAUGGUAUCUUGCAAUAUAUUCAGAACUCUCCCUCCUAGUGACAGCAAUGAAUUUGAUCCUGAAGAAGAUGAACCUACCCUUGAGGCAUCAUGGCCACACCUACAGCUUGUAUAUGAAUUUUUCAUACGAUUUUUGGAAAGCCAAGAAUUCCAACCUAGCAUUGCCAAAAAAUACAUAGACCAGAAAUUUGUAUUACAGCUUUUGGAGCUAUUUGACAGUGAAGACCCUCGGGAACGGGACUACUUAAAAACAGUCUUGCACAGAAUUUAUGGCAAGUUUCUUGGUCUUAGAGCAUUUAUCCGAAAACAGAUUAACAAUAUUUUUCUAAGGUUUGUUUAUGAAACUGAACACUUCAAUGGUGUAGCUGAACUGCUGGAAAUAUUAGGAAGUAUUAUCAAUGGCUUUGCUUUACCUCUUAAGGCAGAACACAAACAGUUUCUGGUGAAAGUGCUGAUCCCUUUACAUACCGUCAGGAGCUUGUCACUCUUCCAUGCCCAGUUGGCGUAUUGUAUAGUACAAUUUCUGGAAAAAGACCCUUCACUCACUGAACCAGUUAUUAGGGGGUUAAUGAAAUUUUGGCCUAAAACAUGCAGUCAAAAAGAGGUCAUGUUCCUUGGGGAACUCGAAGAAAUUUUGGAUGUGAUUGAACCUUCACAAUUUGUUAAAAUUCAAGAACCUUUAUUUAAACAGAUUGCCAAGUGUGUAUCUAGCCCCCAUUUUCAGGUGGCAGAAAGGGCCCUCUAUUAUUGGAAUAAUGAAUACAUUAUGAGUUUGAUAGAAGAAAACUCUAACGUUAUCCUUCCCAUCAUGUUUUCCAGUCUUUAUAGGAUUUCAAAAGAACAUUGGAAUCCGGCUAUUGUGGCGUUAGUGUACAAUGUAUUGAAGGCGUUUAUGGAAAUGAACAGCACCAUGUUUGAUGAGCUGACAGCCACAUACAAGUCAGAUCGUCAGCGUGAAAAAAAGAAAGAAAAAGAACGUGAAGAAUUAUGGAAGAAAUUGGAGGAUCUAGAGUUAAAGAGAGGUCUUAGACGUGAUGGGAUAAUUCCAACUUAACAGAAACACGACAGCAACAUGACUAACCUGUGGAGUCACACAUUUAUGUAGUAGAAGAUGGAGCAACAGUUUUCUGUAUUGUGCAACUUUACAGUAGAUUUCACAUUUGUUUCAUUAUUACAACAGCACUGUAUAUACCUGUCUUUAAGUAAAGGAAAAAAAAAUAAGGACUUCAAUCCAAAGUUUGGACAGUAGAUGGACUUCUCAGAACUUUGCAAACAUAAUCAUUGUUCUAACCCUCUUAAAAAAAAAAAAGUGGUCUUCAAAGAUCUGUUGAUGAAAUUGCUAUGUUUAAAUUCCAUUAUCAGGAGUUCUUAUUUAUCACUAGCAGAGAGUAUGAUACAAUUUUCAAAUGUGAACAAUCUUAAAUUUAGCUUAUCUUUCUGCUAAGCUGUUAAAUGUAUUUAUAGUAAAGGAAGAAAAAGAUUGUCAUUUCCUUAUAAGUCUGUGUAACAUCCUCCUUUGGAUAACUUGAUGAAAUUUGACAUCUUUUCCUUUUGCACAUCUUCAUGAGUUGAAUGUCCACAUAGAAUGGGGCUGUGAAUUACCAAAGCCCCUCAGGAAAGUUUUGUCUACUGGGGUGAACAUCUUUCCAGUAACCAGGUAGUCCUGGCACUCCUUUAGUUUUCAAAUUAGGAGUAAAAUAAGAGGAGAGGUGAUAAACAUAGUAGGGAAGGGAAUUUUGGAUUCAUACUUGAGUCGAAUGGAGGAUCCAAAUCAAUGUCUUGAAUCCUUUGAAAACAGGCACUGGGACACCACAGGCUUCAGUGCCUGACCAGUAUUAGUUGCAUCCAUCCUUGAGCAUACAUACCAGAGACAGUGUAGACAUGUCACAACAUCCUUUUGGACCAUACAAUAUAAGAAAAACAAACACUAAACAACACACAACCAUGAAAUUGAUUGCCAGGAAUGUGAAUUGAAUUGGGAUAAGAGUUGAGCAAACAGCUUGGACUGUUUGGAGUUGUUGCCUUACUUUUUAAUAUGUAUUUAUAAAGUAUUCCAGCAAAAGAGGAUGUAGCCUCUGGGGGGAAAAAAACCCACGUUACAGUGUUUUUUGUAGAUUCUCAUUCUAUAUAUCAUCACCGCGCCAGCCAGCCCUGUUUUUAGCCAGAAAGGAUUCAGGAUACACAUUAUGCAUCUUCAAUUGGAUGCAUAUUCCUAACUACUGUAUUUGUUACCAAAAGUGGUUCUACAAAUGCUACUGAAAAAAAUCUGGAAAUUCCUAAUGUCCUGAGUAUUAAUAAUAAAGUUUAAAAGUGCUUUUAUAUCAAAGGUGCAUCGUGACCAAAUUGUUUAAGAAAAACACAAUUGUUUCAGAAACAAGAUCUAGGGCUGAAUUAUAGAUAGAUCUUCUUGGCUUUCUGCUUUGGUAUUAGGAGAGGAAUCUUAUACCUUGGGUAGGUAAACUGCUGUAAGACUAAAGUGCAGUAUGGACUUACCCAACGUGGUUCCAUGACUAUGUACAGAGAGCUGUGUGCUUUGGCCUUGUCUUCAGGAUGCUUUUUGCUUGUGGUGGACGUGGCAGCAAUAGGUUGAUUUCCUCAGCUGUCACUUCCAGCCAUGCUCAUCGAAUGAGCUGAUUCCUGUUCAUAUGUUGAAUUGUGGUAGUAGCAAACGUGAACAUAUGAACUAUUGUUGCUUUAAAUAGACAAGUAUUAUAAAUACGGGCUUGUAUGUUUUAUUCCAGCCAUUUAACUAUUGAGUAGAAUAUAUAGUUUUAUUAUUUCUAAGGAAAAGAGGGGGAAAGCCACUGACCUCUUACCCCUCCAUAACUCUGUAAAAAAAAAGA